CACGGGGUUCUCCUCGCCCUCCACACCUAGUGUGGAAGAAGAGAACGACAUGCUGACCGGCUGUUCCAGGUCUUUCACCGGACUUAAGAUCUUCACCAGGAGCACUCUCUGUACACCACGGUGUGUUCAUAGCGUACGCUCUGAAGACAGUUAGAGGAGAAAAACAAGAAGUGUGGAUGGAUACGUUUUUCCUGCUUUUUCAGGGAACACAUUUAAUACACAGAGCAUUUCUAAAGGAAGGCUGGAGAGAAGGGAAGGAGCUGGAGUAUCAUCAACCAUCAUGGAUACCAUUCAACCUGUACUCGCAUCUGCACCCUUUAGCUGUCUAAAAGAGAACACGGAGGAAUAUUAGCUUAUCAGAUACCACUUAUCAUUUUAAUACCCUCCAUACUGGACUGCUCUCGCUGAUGUGAUGGAUUUCUUCUUUCAACGCCAUUUUUGCCAUCGCAAGAAGCGAGCGAAGCCCCCAGCUGCAGCCUGUCAGGCUAGUAAAGCCAGGAGGCGCUCUAGUGUCGGCCUGCCCUCCGCCGCAUUGGUGCAGUCCAGACGCUCCUCCGUCGGGUUACCUCCAGUUGUUACUGACCAGCGCCGGCGCACCAGUGCUGGCUUAUUGCUGGCCAGUGGACAGAGGAGACAGAGGGGGUUGACUUACAUUAGUGAAGGAGGAUCACAGUAUAAAGCCUCUGGCUCAGCACCCUGCGUACAUCGAGGGAUGGCAAUGCGGCCUCAACGUCCUCAAGUCAGGUCUAUUGAACCUCAGUUACUCAGAUCCUCCAUGCUACUUGCAAGUGUAGUGCAGAUGGGAAGAAGAGCGGCGGGAAAGAAAGAAGAGCAGGAGGAAGUGGAUGCCCCCUGCUGCUCCUGUUCGGGGUCAGAUGGAGAAGAGGGGAAUGAUGAAGACGUGGAGACCACAUCUGUAGGGUUCAGGCUUCAUAUGCACUUAACCCAGGCAGUGAAUGUGGAAAACAUCAAACCCCGCCCCUUGAUCAGCCCGCCUCGUUGUCUGAGACGAAACUCCUCCCAUCUACUUCCUGCCAACUCUGUGUUCGGGAAAAGUGAAACCGGUUGUGGAGUUUAUGGUCGCUAUAAUCGCAGAAAGUCAAGUCAAGUUCAGCAGAGUUUAAAUAAGCAGAUCCAGAGUGCCAGGACCAGCCCCAGUCUAGGUCAGCUGGACUCAGCACGUCUGGUAUCUGAGAACCACGAGUCCUCCUCUGGGUCUACUCUCCGUAAGAGCUGUUCUUCACCACUGGGGGAAACAGAGGAAACCAUGUACUAUGACCCUUAUUUGGAUACAUGGGAGAACUUCCUAUCGAAAGCUAUAGCUAAAUCGGGCCUGCACCAUCUGCCCUGUCAGCCGGGCACAUCGUCUCUGAACAGGAGCGACCCAGAAGCAGAUAUCCGCAGCACUUUGGACUGGACUGAGUCGGCAGUGUAUGGAGAUCACAUCUGGUUUGAAACCAACGUGUCUGGAGACUACUGUUAUGUGGGAGAGGAACACUGUAUAGCCAGAGCACUACAAAAGUCUGUCAGUCGAAGGAAGUGUGCUGCCUGUAAGAUAGUGGCCCACACCAUCUGUAUUGAGCAACUGGAUAAGUUCCCCAGCUCUAGAGCCAUUCUGUUGGAUGACAGGCUGCCUCUCAAAGAGCCCCACUUUAGAAUUAACUUCAGGUGUAAACCGUCCUUCAGAGAAUCCGGCUCAAGGAACAUCCGAGAGUCUAUUGUAGUGCGUCAUCACUGGGUGCAUCGGAGACGGCAGGAAGGCAAAUGUAAACAAUGUGGGAAGGGCUUCCAGCAGAAGUUUGCAUUCCACAGCAAGGAGAUUGUGGCCAUCAGCUGCUCUUGGUGCAAACAGGCUUACCACAACAAGGUGUCUUGCUUCAUGCUUCAGCAAAUCGAGGAGGCUUGUCCAAUAGGAGCCCACGCUGCUCUUAUAGUUCCACCCACAUGGAUCAUUCGAGUCCGGCGCCAUCAGUCAUCUAUUAAGGCGAGUAAGAAGAAGAAGAGAGCAUCGUUCAAGAGGAAAUGCAGCAAGAAGGGAGCCGAGGAAGGACGGCAGUGGAGGCCCUUUUUAAUCCGCCCCAUCCCUGCACCACUGAUGAAGCCACUGCUGGUGUUUGUUAAUCCCAAGAGCGGAGGAAACCAGGGUGCUAAGAUCCUGCAGUCCUUCAUGUGGUAUCUGAACCCCAGACAGGUAUUUGACCUGAGCCAUGGCGGACCAAAGGAAGGCCUGGAGCUGUAUCGUAAAGUUCAUAACCUGAGGAUCAUGGCCUGUGGAGGAGAUGGCACAGUGGGCUGGAUCCUGUCUUGUCUUGAUGAACUGGCUUUGAAUCCUCAACCUCCCGUUGCCGUGUUACCACUUGGGACAGGAAAUGACCUCGCCAGGACCCUCAACUGGGGGGGGGGGUACACAGACGAGCCCCUGUCAAAGAUCCUCUCCCAUGUUGAAGACGGAGCGGUGGUCCAGCUGGACAGAUGGAAUCUACAUGUGGAACCAAACCACAGUGCAGAGGCUGAGCCGGACGAGCACCAGGCUGAUAAGCUUCCUCUAGAUAUUUUCAACAAUUACUUCAGCCUUGGAUUUGAUGCCCAUGUGACUCUAGAGUUCCAUGAGUCAAGAGAAGCCAACCCAGAGAAGUUUAACAGUCGUUUUAGGAAUAAGAUGUUCUAUGCUGGGACAGCAUUCUCAGAUUUUCUGAUGCGAAGCUCCAAAGACCUGUCAAAGCACAUCAAUGUGGUGUGUGACGGGACCGAUCUAACGUCAAAGGUCCAGGACUUGAAGCUGCAGUGUUUGGUCUUCCUCAACAUUCCCAGAUACUGUGCAGGGACGACGCCUUGGGGAAACCCCGGUGAGCAUCACGACUUUGAACCUCAACGUCAUGAUGAUGGAUACAUCGAGGUCAUCGGAUUCACUAUGACGUCACUGGCUACUCUCCAGGUCGGGGGUCAUGGCGAGAGGUUGAACCAGUGCAGGGAAGUCAUCCUCACCACCACAAAACCUCUUCCAGUACAGGUGGACGGUGAACCGUGCAGACUGGCUCCCUCUGUCAUCCGCAUCAGCCUCAGAAACCAGGCGAACAUGGUGCAGAAAACCAAACGGCAGACCUCUCUGCCACACCUCAACGAUCAGCAGCCAGUUCCGGAGAGGCUGAGGAUCCGAGUCAGCAGGAUCAGUAUGACGGACUACGAGGCUUUGCACUAUGACAAGGACAAACUAAGACAAGCAUCCAUUCCUCUGGGGCUCAUCGUGGUUUCUGGUGACAGCGACUUAGAAACCUGCAGAGAACACAUCCAGCGCCUCCAGGAGGACUUCUCUUCUGUCAAGUUCACCUUGGGACUGCAGGAGGAGACAGCCAAGCCAAAGAGUCUUUCCUCGCAAAGAUUAUCUCCAAAGUGGUGUUUCCUAGACUCUACAACCGCGGAUCGUUUCUACAGAAUUGACCGAGCACAGGAACAUCUCAACUAUGUGUCAGAAAUCUCCCAAGAAGAAAUCUUUAUAUUGGACCCCGAACUGGUUGUCACGAUAACAGUGGGCACUUCCCCCUCUGCCAUGCCAGACUUGGUUAACCCCGCCUCCAGCCUGGUGAAAAGCAGUUCUUCCCAGAGGCAGCGAGUGAACAGUGACAGCUCUGAAGCUUUAACACACAACACAACUCCUGUGGCCAGCAAACUCAGCAGGGCAGGAUGCAUCCAUCGCUCCAACACCACUGCUGCUGACUUCAAUCCAAGACUGAGACUGGAGAAGGGCCCGAAGACAAGUGAGAUGGAGAAGGAGAGGGACAAAGAGAUGCUGAUCGAGUGUGUGAAGAACAAGGACGACAAGAAGCUACAGGAGCUGCACCUAAAGGGGGCGGACCUGACGGUGCUGGACUGUUCCGGCUGUAGUUUGCUACACCAUGCCGUCGAUACGGGGAGCAAAGAGAUGGUCCGCUACAUCCUGGACAAUGCUCCUAGCGAUCUGCUUGAUGUCACAGAGAAACUACAUGGGGAGACGGUUCUUCAUCGAGCUGCAUCGCUAUGUCAGAGGACCAUCUGUCAUUAUCUGGUAGAAGCAGGAGCCUCACUGAUGAAGACAGACCUACAGGGUGAGACUCCUAAGAACCGGGCUGAGAAAGCUCAUGACUCUGAACUGGCGGCCUAUCUGGAGAACAGACAGCAUUACCAGAUGAUCCAAAGAGAGGACCAGGAGACGGCUGUCUGAGGCUGCUCCACUCCUCAUGAGGACUGCUCCACAAAUACCAGUCAUGUACAUUUGGUGAUAAUUAGGAUUGAUAACUAUGAGUAACUCAAUGAUGUAAUGACCGUUUAUGGGCAGUAAAAUUCUCAGAUGUAAAAUGUGUUAAAUCAGUAAAACUAACUUGGCGAUGAUCAGAGUCCGAUGUCCAACAGGGGAGGGGGGGCAUUAUUGAAGUUAUAAUGCCAAACUUUCUGGGGUUGGUAUUAAAAAGUUAAAAAGUUCUAAUGUCAUGGUUGAACUUCCUCAGGAAAUGUAAUUAAUGUUGUACAACCUUGGCGUCACAGUCCAAGGUACCGCUACAAAGUGCAUUACCUACCUUACGUCAACCUUCUGUUUCCUUUAGAUUAUUGAAUAUCAUGUGUACAAGGUAGACGUUUAGAUUUUUAUAUUCGGUAUAUCUACAGUUAACUUCAUGGAAAAACGGAUGUAGUCGUUCUGGUGUUAAGGUCAGAGGAUUCAUAAAUAUUUGUAAUAAUCCAAUAAUUUGAAUGAAAAUCUGUGAUUUCUGUCUGGAACCUGCUUUGGUUGUUCUUACCUCAGACACACCACUUCAUCAACGUAUUGUACAUGCUGUAACUAGUUGACUUGUAUCAACAUAUUCAAUCAGCGUGAUGUACGUGUGAUGAAGGAUUGGACUUUAAAUCUUUUCUUUUUAUGACUUUUAUGUUAUGUCAAGUAAGAUCAAAUGGGUGUGUGCGAGAAUAUGAAAUAUUAAGCUCAGAAUCAUGCAAAAUGGAAUAAUAUAGUUUGUUGUGCCAAACAAGCUUGUUUACAACUAAAGACACAGUACACGCCAAUCAUUGGAUUUUUAAUGUACGAUGUGUACUUUGAUAAAUUCACAUCAUACUUGUUAUAGAUCAUACAAUCUUUCCUUUAUAAUGAUAUUAAGAUAUACAUUUUUCAUUAAUAUAAUUUGUAAUUGCAUUUCAAUUCCCCUGGCAGACAAUUGUAAUGUCGCACUGUACUUUAUGACUUGAGUCUACCAAAGAGCUUUGAGUCCAUUCCCCAGAAUGCACUGAGGCUUGUACAGCUGGAGGCUCAGACAUCUGCUCUGCAGGAACCAACUCUUGGAUUAUGAGAUGCUGCUGAGCAGCCUAACCCAGCCAGCCAUUGCUUGAAUCUGUUAGUUUUCUCCUGCCUUUGAUGUGGUUUUAGUAUUUUGAAUGGUCUCACUUUACAUUGACAGUAAACUCUUGCAUGUACUGUGAUGAAGUGAACGUAAAUUGUAUUUACACCUGAAGCCAGUCCAGUCUUUGUCCUCUCAUGUUCAUGGUGAACACAUCGGUGUGCAACUGUUCAAAUCUUCCUAUCUUUCUAUUCCUUUAUUCGUGGAUUCAAUUCUUUGGCACUUUGUGUUUGAAUUUGUUUUUGAGAUUGCUCUGAAGUCAAUUAAAGAAGACAGUUUAUUGCAGAUCUUGA